AAAAUUAAGCCUAGAAAUCAAUUUGCAUGCUUCAAUUCUUCAUCAACUCAGCUUUUAGGGUUUUUGAUGCCAUUCUUUCUAUCAUCUUCUGAUCUUCCUAGUUAAUAGUUUUCUCUCUAAGAUUGCAGCAUGAACCAGGUUUGUUCGCCAUAUUUUGAUCCCGAUUUCGAUAGCUUACCGGAGAGGAUACAUGGCCCGGAAUGUAGAAUUACACUUGACAAUGAUAGUUUAGAAGAUUGUACUAUUGUUAAGAUAGACAGUGUAAAUAAGCAAGGAAUCCUUCUAGAAGUGGUGCAGGUGCUAACAGAUUUGAACCUUACAAUAUUGAAGGGCUACAUAUCAUCCGAUGCUGGAUGGUUCAUGGAUGUUUUUCAUGUUAAAGAUGAAUUGGGCAACAAGAUCACUGACCCAAGAGUCAUCAAGUACAUCCAGCAGGCUGCAGGUGCAAGUAAGGACGGCGUAUUCAGAAAUCAAGAGUGUCGAACCGGCGGCAAUGUUUUCAACUGCGGAUCUCCGGGCGAGCCCACCGCCAUUGAGCUGACGGGGACGGACCGGCCGGGGCUAUUCUCGGAGAUCUCCGCCGCGCUGGCGGAUCUGCAAUGCAACAUAGUGGAAGCGCACGCCUGGAGCCACAACGAGCGUCUGGCUUGCGUGGCCUACAUCUCCGAGGCGUCGACGGACACCCCAAUCGACGACCACCGGCUGGCGGUGAUUGAGGGCCACCUAACCACCGUGCUCCGGGCGACGACGGUGGAGGAAACCCUGAACGACGAGCAAGAAGCGGUGAAGACAGCGUACGGGCUUAUUCCCGAAGAAGGAGAAGCGAUGAUGACGGACGUGGAACGCAGGCUUCAUCAGCUGAUGCUGUCGGCCGGAGAUUUCGAGGUUCCGUCGUCGAAGGUGUCGUCGGCGUCGGAGGGGAGCGAGGAAGAGGAGAAGAGCCAUAGCGUGUACAUAGAGAGCUGCGAUGAGAAGAAAUAUUCCAUAGUUUCGAUUUGGGGCAAAGAUCGUAGAAGGCUCAUGUUUGACACUGUUUGCACUCUCACCGACAUGGAGUAUAUCAUUUUCCAUGCUUCCAUUGAUUCUCACAAAGGUUUUGCAUUUCAAGAGUACUUUAUUAGGCAUGUAGAUGGGUGUACCUUAAGCAAGGAGAGUGAGAAGGAAAGGGUGAUAAAAUGCCUAGAAGCAGCAAUCGAGCGGCGGGUUUGCGAUGGGGUUCGGCUAGAGCUGUGUGCCAAUAACAGAGUAGGACUACUUUCCGACAUAACUCGAGUCCUCCGAGAGAACGGUUUAGCAGUGGUUAGGGCAGAUGUGGCGACCAGGGGAAGUAAGGCUGUGAACAUUUUCUAUGUGAGAGACAUUUCUGGGAACGAUGUGGACAUGGAAUUUGUGAAGUCAAUCAAGAGAGAAAUGGGUGCCAUUGACCUUGCAGUCAUGAACGAGACAACAACCACAUCAACAAUCUCACCAAGAUCGCAUCGGAGGAUGUUCUGUUAUAAUAGACUUAUUAAGUAAUUAAUUUCUUAUAGCAUUU